GAAUUACUUUUAUUGGGAGAACGUACAUUUUUUCCCCAAAACCCUUACAAUUUGCGUAUUUGUUUUUAACUUCACCUCAUUUAAAAUGACAGAAAAUAGUUCAAAUGACUAGAUAAGAGAUAUAUUUCAAGUGCUAAAAAAUCUGUAAAUUCCAAGAGCUCACGGGGGCUUCGCACCGUGGGUCUCCACCAACGUGGCCAACAGACCUCCUGCCUCGUUGACUUGCGCCUCCAUAAAUGCAAUUCCUGGAUCCGCCCUUGGUAUAUACAUUUUUAGGAAGUUCCGAAAUUUUAAAAACUGCGUUUGCGUCUAAAUUUAGUAUUUCUAAUCUUGGAAUACCAAUACAUGAACUGUCAUCAGUGUACCACUAUAUAUUAAAUUAGCCUGUAUAUCGAAUUUAAACCUUAGCCUUCUAAAAUUAAAUUAGGCCUACUUAUGUCCCACAUAGCUUUCCAUCUUUCUGAAUACUCUACCUACAUGUACGUCACUUUUGUUCCGUUUCUGGAGACAUUUUCUGCACGUCGAUGUUGCGGACAGUUUAGACUCUAGAUCUACAAGGACGGUGAAAUGUGUGCCUUUUGUGCUUGUUGACAAGGAUAAUAUCGACAAUCGAUAUUUCAUCAACACAAAUUCCAUUUGUUUCGGAAAAUUCAGAACACCGAGGUUACAACGGGUUCACCGAAUUUGACAUGAAACCGAAAGUUGAUUUGUAAUUUAUAAAGAUGGCAACAUCACUAGACAGUUCUUGGAUGGAGGGUGUUACAUUGUGUUCUAUAUGUUUCGAAAAGUUCAAGUCGCCGAGGUUUUUACCGUGUACACAUUCCUUCUGUCACGGUUGUUUAUCUUCCUACAUUGUUAAUGUGUGUAAAUCUACGGAGCCUCGUUUGGGAUUCAAUUGUCCAUUAUGCCGUGAGUACAUUCCCAGUCCUGGAGCCUUCGAUAAGUCAAACGAGUGGGCGGGGCUAUUUCCGUUGAAUGAAGUUUUAGAGACAAUCGUUAAGAAACCUGAUGGGAAAUUAUGUGAUACCUGUUUACGAGAAAACGGAAGUGAAAAUGCUAUCGGGUUUUGCUUGUCUUGUACUGAAUAUUUAUGCAAGAUGUGUACCAAAUAUCACAAAAGGAAUUUGCGCUCAAACGAUCAUAUCAUAUGUCAAUUGAACAAGAUGAAAUCCGGCAACAUAUUUCCUGAAUCAGGAAAUAUCCAUAGCUGCCCCGAACAUAAAAGGGAAACUGUCAAAUUCUUCUGCAACGAUCACCAGCAGUCCUGUUGUUCAGUAUGUAUAGGAACAAAACACAGAAAAUGCGAAAGUGUUGAUACUGUCGAAGAUGCGGCAAAGCUAAUAAAAGAAAAUGGCCAACUGGAUGUUCUUUUGGGUGAUGUGAAGAACCUGGAAAAAAACUGACAGAAGCAAAGAGCGAACAAGAGAAGACUGUAGCAGAAAUAGAGAACUCAGUGGACGAAAUCAUAGAGAAAACAAAAAGGGAAUUCAAAGAACUUGUUGAUCACUUAGAAAUACUGAAAAACAAAUAUUUAGAUGAAGUAGCAUGUGUCCUGAAGAAAGGAAGGGGGAAGUUAGGUGAUUGUACAAAUGUACUUACUGAUGGUAUACAGUGUACAAAUUACUGCUGCCGGAAUAUUGAAAGAGCUAAAGAGACGGAAAAUGAUGCUGAAAUGGUAAUGAUGUAUUACAGAGUGAAAGAGAGGCUCUUGCAGCUGAAACAGUUUAAAUUCACAAAGAAAAAGAUAACGAUAUCAGAAGCGAAGUCACAAGUUUUGAAAAAAGUGAGGAAUAUGAAGUAUUUUGGAGAUAUUGAAUAUGCUGAGUCUGAUGGUCACAUCAUGUACGAUGUACAUGACAUUGCAUUAUCUUUAGUUUCUGAAUUCAGUAUUGGUGGAGGAAGUCCGAAUGUGUGCACUGGGAAUUUUCUGUCAAAUGGUAACUUUAUAGUCGCAAAUUACAAAUCUGAUGGCAAUUGUUUUAUUUAUAACAAAGACUGGCAAUCCACAGAAGUCAUUGAUGGGCUGCGUUAUCCUGUUGAAGCAAUACAAGCUGGAGUUGAACUACUGGUGACCUGUUAUGGAACGCAAUCUAUAGAAGUCUUUUCUGUGGAUGAUUUACGUAAACUGCGAAGUGUCAAUAUAAACGAAGCAGUGCAUGGAAUAACAAAGCACAAUGGGGCGUGUUAUGUAGCAUGUGGAAGUAAAAUUAUAAAAAUUGAUAUGUCUGGUAAAAAACUUAGAAAAUAUAAAGUUGAAGGCAGUAAUAAUAUUUACAUAAGUGCAACAAGAGAUGGACGUCUUGUGUACAGUAACUUGUCCCUUAAUACAGUAACCGCCAUCACGGACCAGGGAGACACCGUCUGGCAGUACAAACAUCUGAAAAUGAAACAACCCCAUGGACUUGAUGUAGACUCUGUCGGUAAUAUCUUUGUUGCCGCUAGAGGAAGUGACAAUAUCCACGUGUUGUCUGGUGCUGGUACGCUCCUUAGGAUUAUUGAGGAUAUUUUACUGCCAGUGUUUAUUAAACUAAUGGAGGAGAGGGGUAUAUGUUGUGUGUGCAGCAAUUUCAAAAUCGUGAGAGUGUAUAAACUGUAGAUUUCGUUAAUUUUGUCUUCAUAAAAUACCCAGUUUCACCCUCAUUCAAGGAGACAUUUGUAUAAACUGUAGGAUUUUGUAACUUUGCCUUAAUAAAAUAAGAAAAAUCAA